GGUGGGGAUGGGUGUCCAGGGCAUUCCAUGAAAUAUCUCACCUUCGGCCAAUUAGAAACGGGAGGCGUUUUGUCGAGCCGCGUUUGAGCCAAUGACGGCGCAGUGCCGGGAAAUACAGCAGUAAAACGGUGCUGAGCAACGAUUGCAGGGUGUGAAGCUGGCAAAUGUGUGCGCGCGCAUGAGAGCAUCACCGCAUCUGUCCCGAUCCGAGCUAUUGUGUGCGGGUGCGCGUGAGCGCGCAGAAGAAGACAGCUGUACGUCUGUCCAGACAUUACCAACAAAGCCAGAAGAGGAUACGCCAAAGUCCUGAUUAUUGUCACUUUUCUUUUAUUCCCCGAGUGCCCUGCGAAGUUUGGUUCAUCUGCACCCCUCCCCUCCCUUCUCCUCCCACCACCAGCAUUCUCCUCUUGGUGCAGUACAUCUCCGCGGAGGAUACGCACGGUACAAAGGGUUCGUGAGCUGCCAAGCCGGAGAACAUGAAGUGGAACCUCUUUAAAAAGAAACCAGAGCCCAUGGUGGGGCCGGAGCCCACGGGAUUGGGCGGCACCAACCCGUCACAUACCAUGACGCCCGCUCCAGUUGUCUCCACGGCGGCGGACAACUCGACCGAGUCCGAGGGACCCAGCAAACACGAUAUGUUUGAGGAAAUCAAAAGCAAGUUCCUCAAUGAGAUCGAUAAAAUCCCAUUGCCUCCUUGGGCGCUCAUCGCCAUCGCCGUGGUAGCCGCCCUCCUCAUCCUCACCUGCUGCUUCUGCAUUAUAAAGAAAUGUUGCUGUAAGAAGAAGAAGAACAAGAAGGGCAAAAAAGGCAAAGAUGGAUUCAACAUGAAGAACAUGCAGGGUGGAGAUAAACUACAGGACGAUGAUGAUGAGGAGGGUGAGAUGGGAUUGACGGAGGAGGAGAAGGAGGAAGAGGAGAAAGAACAGGAGAAGCUGGGAAAACUCCAGUACUCUUUAGACUACGACUUCCAGGACAAUAAGCUGACAGUUGGAAUCUUGCAGUGUGCCGAUCUGAUCUCCAUGGACUCCGGAGGAACGUCUGACCCAUAUGUUAAAGUCUUUAUUCUGCCAGAUAAGAAGAAGAAAUUUGACACCAAAGUGCACAAAAAGACCCUCAAUCCAGUGUUCAAUGAAAGCUUUGUCUUCAAGAUCCCGUACCAGGAGCUGGGUGGGAAGACUCUGGUCAUGUCUGUUUAUGACUAUGACCGUUUCUCAAAGCAUGACAUCAUCGGUGAAAUCAAGCUACCCAUGAACACAGUCGAUCUGGGUCAGCCAAUCGAAGAGUGGAGAGAUCUGGAUAGCGCUGAGAAAGAGGAGCCUGAGAAACUCGGCGACAUCUGCAUCUCUCUGCGUUAUGUUCCUACUGCGGGAAAACUCACCGUCUGCAUCCUGGAGGCGAAGAACUUGAAGAAGAUGGAUGUGGGUGGUUUAUCUGACCCAUAUGUGAAGAUCCAGCUAUUGCAAAACGGCAAGCGCCUGAAGAAGAAGAAGACCACGGUGAAGAAGAAUACUUUGAAUCCGUAUUACAAUGAGUCCUUCAGCUUUGAGAUCCCACUGGAACAGAUGCAGAAAAUCAUCGUAGCGGUGACCGUCUUUGACUACGAUAAGAUCGGCAAGAAUGACGCCAUCGGAAAGAUCUUCAUCGGAAGUAAAGCCGCAGGCACGGCUCUGAAGCAUUGGUCCGAUAUGCUGGCGAACCCGCGCCGACCCAUUGCUCAGUGGCACCCGCUUCAACCCGAGGAAGAUAUCGAUGGUGCUCUCGCUGCUCUUUGGGCUAAGAAGUAACUUCUCACAUCUCGGCCCGACUAACCAACUAACUAACCAACCCUCCGCUGCAUGACACCCCACACCCAUCUGUACGCGCUCUUCCAGUUCAUUUCACGUAAUCGCCAACAGACACUUGAUGUUCUGAAGAAUAUACUUGAAAAAAUGAACAAUAUCACAUUUUUUGCCACUUAGCGUAAACCAAGCGGGAAAAACUGGCAAAUAUGACAAGCAAAACAUUGGUCUGGAGAAACCUUUUUAAAUGUUGUGCGGCUAAACAACAGAGGCAAUAGAUGUUACAAUCUGCAUUUUUUUUAUAUCACAUCAUUAAUUUCCACAGUUUUGCCAAAUCGAUAAAGCAUUAAGAAUAGUCCAAAAAAUAAUUUUAAAAAACGUAAUGCACACUUAAAAUGCUGGGUUAUUUUUAGCCCAGCGUGGGGUCAAAAAUGGAUGAACCACCCAAAGUUCUGUGUUGGUUUACCUAUUGUUGGGUAAAAAUAAACAUUUCUGGGUUACUUUAACCCAACAGGUUUGGUUUGUCCCUUUUAAACCCAAUUCUGGGUUAAAAAUAACCAGACAUUUUUUAUGGUGCACUAAAGUUAUUUUAAAAUACCAGUCAGAUUAUUUCGGUUAAAAAGUGUGUAGUUCAGCUAAUGAAAAGGACAGCGAGUUGAUAUUUUGUGCCUAAAAAAGUGCAAGCAGGUUACAUAUCUAACAUGAUUUUCAGUUGCACAGUUAUUAAGGAUAACAGAUAAAAUGAAGUCAAACUAGGUAGUGCAGGACAUUGUUUACAUUGUCAAAAAUAUUAGGCUGCUGCGUUUGUCUAAAAUAAAAAAAGACUUUUAGUCUUGGUAAAACCUGAAACUACAUAUACAUGGCCAAAAGAAACAAAAUUUAGAUCUAUGAUCUAUGACUGUAAUAGAAAUGUAUGGACUAAUAUUGUGGCAAUAUACAUUACAUGUAAAAUGAAUAAAGCAUGGUUUACACAUACUGUCUUAUUAACACUUUACACAGUUUUAUUUACUGUAAUUUUACAAUUACAGUGUCAAACCUUUUGCUUUCAUAACCAUGAACCCAUUGGGCCAACAUUGAUGCUCAUCACGACUGAAGCUGGCUGUGAAUGUACAGUGAGAUCUUACCAAAUCUCAAACCUGUGUUUCCAUCAUCUCUGUGCACUUCACACACCUGAGUUUCUGGUUUACAUCACUGCCUUGUUUGUUCGGAGCAAAACUUAACCGAGUUCAAGUCUCUGUGAUGCCAAAGUAUUAACUCCAGUGAGAUGGUAAGAGGCAGUUUACCAGGGUUCACCUGCACUUCAUCGAGUUACACAUCUACAAAAAAGCAAUCGUCCGCGCAGUCAGCACAUACGACUACACCCCAAACUAUGCGUGUGUAUAUAUGCAUUGAUCAAAGUUGUUUCUACAGCAUGUGUCUAUAAAUCGAUGUACAUAGAAGCAUGUUUUAAAGAUAGAGCAUAAUUAUAUUGUGUGUGUGACAUUUGUCAUUUUGAUAAUAAAAUGUAGAGGAAAAAAUGCACUGAAUGCACAUUUUAUGAAAUUUCCCAGAAAGGGGUAUAAGAUAUAAAGAAAUAUAUUCAUAGGGUUUUUCAGAAUACUUUUAAAUUUGCAACAGGGAGCUGUGUGUUAGACUUAUGCUCGUGGUGUCCUUUUGAAUUUUGAUUUUCUUUCUAGUGUCCAGUCAGCGUGUAUUUGUGUUGUGUUUUCUCUGUUAUGGUUAUUCAAAAAUUCAGAGGAAAAUCUGUUCAGGUUGUGCAUUGUGAGGAAUGUCUGGAAACAUUCAGAUCAAAAUCAAAAGAAAUAAAGAAAAUUAAAUAUAUUAUAAGAUUUAUGAUAGCUUUGUGACAUUAUUUUUUUCACCAUGUCAACAUAUCAUAAUUUUCCUGUCAUUUCCGUACCAUGAAUGUUUUACUUUAUUUUCAAAACUCACAGAUUGUCAUCUGGUCUCUUAUUGUAAUUGUAAAUUACUUUUAAUCAACAUAAAAACCAUGUAAAUAGAAUAUAAUAUAAAUACUAUUUAAAUAAAGUAUUGCUUUUGUUGUUGUUUGCAUAGCAAUAAUAAUAUUUUUUUUAUUAUUAUUAUUUUGGGGGUAUAUGUGCUUAAUUCUUAAAUCUUUGUGGUCCAAUACUGUGGUCUAGUUUCCAUCAAGCAUAUGUGAUCUCUUAUUUCUUUUGAUUUUGAUGUGAAAUAUAAACCUGACGGGUUCUGUGAUGAAUGUACCGGGUGCAAAUCUCAUCCAAAAACAGAAGCCAUAUGUGUGACACAAAGAUUUCACUACAGCACCUCAACAGAUGUCAAUAAUAAUUUAUAUGCAUUUGAGCCAAAAGUGUUUGAGAGUAAAACCUACGCUCUUAAAAACAAAGGUUCUUCACAGUGAUGUCAUAGAAGAACCAUUUUUACUUAAAGGGAUAGUUCACCCAAAAAUGAAAAUGUUUUAAACCUGUGAGUUUUUUAUUUUAUUUUGAUGAACAUAAAAUAAGAUAUUUUGAUAAAUGAUGGUAAGCACACAGUUAAUGGUACCCAUUGAAUUCCAUCAUAUUUGUUUUGUAAUGGUUACAAUCAGCUGUAGUACAGACUUCCCAAGGUGACAUUGGAGUAAAAAAAAUUAAAGUUUAGUUUCAUGUGCUCACGUGAAACUUUCAUGUGCUGAUUUUUUUUAAGUUUGGUUUCACGUGCACACAUGAAACUUUCACGUGCGCACGCGAUAGUUUCACGUGGGCAAGCGAUAGUUUCAGGUGCACGCGAAACUAAACGCGAUAGUUUCACGUGCGCACACGAUAGUUUCAUGUGUGCACGCUAUAGUUUCACGUGCGCAUGCAAAACUAAACUUUUUUUUUCUCCAUGUCCCCUUAGGGGCUCCGUAGCUGUGUGCUUACCAUCAUUUAUCAACAUAUCUUCUUUUGUGUUCAUCAGAAAAACAAUUCAUACAGGUUUAUAACAACAUGAGGAUGAGAAAAUUAUGACAGAAUUUCAUUUUUGGUGAACUAUCCCUUUAAUUUUUCUAGAAUAUUCUACAAAGAACCUUUUGUGAAACAGAAAGGUUCUUCAUGUUAAAGGUUCUUCAUGAAACCAUUCACCAAAUUUUUUUUCUGUGGCAUCGUAAAGCACCUUUAUUUUUACGUUCAAAAAUGUAAUUUUUUUCUGGCUGUGUGGUUCCAUAAAGAAUCUUUAACAUCGACCAAAUCUUUUUGUUCUUUGCAGUGAAAAAGUUUUUUCAGAUUAUAAAAAGGAAAUGAUUCUUUGGGGAACCAAAAAUAGUUCUUAUAUGACAUCAUUGCGAUCCCCACCUUUAUUUUUAAGAGUGUAUAUAUAUUCAGACGAGUAAUUGAAUUGAAUGAAAGUGAUGACCUUGUGUUUACAGUACAGUAUGACAAAAUAACUGACAGUAUAUUUUACAAUAAACAUGCAUUGAUUAUAUUCACAAUUGCUUGCAAUAAUAAGAGAAACAUGGUCAGAAUUGAAGAUCCUGUUGUACACUGGCAUGACUUUAUUAUGCAAUGUGUGUGUACUUGAUUGUUAUCUUGUAUUUGUUUGUGAUGAGAGAUUAUUUGCUGAACACUGUAUCUGCACCGUAUGUCAAACAUCUAAUACAAAAUUGACUGUUUAAUGAAUGUCUACGAGAGAAAAGCAAGAUAGCAGCAGAUGAAUCAGGAUUGUCUUUGUGGCCAUUUUAUGUUUGGAGUAAUUUAAUGGUUUUGCAUCCAAGUGUCUCGUUGUUGAAUGUAUGAGCUUUCCACCUUAAAUCCUUUGAGUUUUUUUAUUGAAUGUCAGGUCUGUUGUAUUCGUGUGCUUAUUUCUGAUACGUUCAACAGCCUCGGACUGUGUGCUGCUGCCUAUAGGAAUAUUCGUCCGCUUCUAUGUGUUGUACUUUGUGAUAGGACCAAUGUAGAAUAACGUCUCAAUGUUUCUUCUGUGACCGUGAAUUACAACUGCAGGGUUUUCCUUUGCAGAGCAAGCAACAAAAUCCCAGUCUUCCUGGGACACUGUGGACGCCAGUCGACUGGCCCGCCUAUGUGAUUUUCCAUUUGUUGUAUUCUUAUAUUGGACCAUAUCAUCACCAAGACCUUUCCAAUGCAAUACUGCCAACAUCUCGGCUUACUAACAUACUCUAACCCCUCGAUUCAUUCGCCGUGUAAACUUUUCCAAACAGCCAACCCUUCUUGUUUCGUUUGUCCUGUGUGGAGAUUCCCAUGUUGUCAGAUCCUUUUGUGGAUGCUUUGGCAUGCUUUAAAUUCCCUGAACAAAUGAACACAUUGGCCAGCAAAGAAAAAAAAUGAACGCCUUUUCUGUGGCAACUCCUGCAGCUUCUUGUCAUCCUGUACAUGUGAAACCUCAACGAAGCCAAUCGGUAAAACAUCUACAUGCGGAUUUAACAAUGAGUUAUCAAUUAGUUAAUCAUAGGAAAUAAAGAUCUUUUAAAUAUA